AUGCAGAACGGGGAGGCUAUGAGCCCGCAGGACUCCAAGGCAGCAGGGGCUGAGGCCAUGGAGGAGCAGAAGGUCCAGAGCCAGAGCCAGAAUCAGGGGUGUGUGGAGCCCACAGCGCCUCCGCUGCCUCCUCCUUCGCCGCCACCACCGGGGCCACCAGAAUACCCGAGGCCUAGGCUCAUCUUCCACACCCAGCUGGCUCACGGGAGUCCCACAGGCCGCAUCCAUGGAUUCACCAACGUUAAGGAGCUGUAUGCCAAGAUCGCUGAAGUGUUCAACAUCUCCCCCUCAGAGAUCCUGUUCUGCACCCUCAACUCUCAUAAAGUGGACAUGCAGAAACUACUGGGGGGGCAGAUCGGACUGGAAGACUUCAUCUUCGCUCACGUCAGAGGGGAGACCAAGGAGGUGGAGGUGACAAAGACGGAAGACGCCCUGGGCCUGACUAUCACAGACAACGGAGCUGGAUAUGCUUUCAUCAAGAGGAUAAAGGAAGGCAGCACCAUAGACCGGCUGAAGACGGUGUGUGUUGGUGACCACAUCGAGGCCAUCAAUGACCAGAGCAUUGUGGGGUGUCGACACUACGAGGUGGCUAAGAUGCUAAAAGAGCAACCGAGAGGCAUACCCUUCACUCUCCGCCUGGUGGGGCCCAAGAAGGCCUUUGACAUGAUUGGAAUGAGGACCAGAGCGCCAAAGUCCAAUGAGGGUAAGAUGGUGAACGGGAGGGAGACGCUGCGUCUUCGCUCCAAGGGUGCUGCUACAGUUCAGGAAGUGCAGAAUGAGUUUGAAGAACGGGCCACCAAGAAGGUGGACGACCUGCUGGAGAGCUACAUGGGCAUCAGGGACCUGGAGCUGGCGACCACCAUCGUGGAAGCAGGCAAAGACAAGAAGAACCCCGAUGACUUCGCAGAAGCCUUGGACUCAGUUCUGGGAGAUUUUGCUUUCCCUGAUGUGUUUUUGUUUGAUGUAUGGGGAGCUAUUGGAGACGUCAAGAACGGCAGAAUUUAG